CCUGUUUUCCCCCCCCUCCCACAGUGCACUGCGGGGCGCGGCAUUUGGAAGAGGGAAUUGUCUUUAGUUCCUUUCUGUCAGCGUGAAGAGGCGAUGCAGGCAUAAAAUGUUAUGGCUCCUCUCGCGUUUUUUUGGUGUCAGUAUCUGGGCCCUUCCCCCGCAGUAACUCUGAAAUAAAUGCCCUUGAAUCCAAUGAGAGAUACUUUCAUUUCCUUCAGUGGCAUGCUGAAAGCCCCCUCCAGUGAUUCAUGACCAGAUCAAGAUUUUGAAAAUGCUGUUUUAAAACUAACAGAAGAAUCAUCAUUAUUGAUACCGAGGGAGCACCCAGUCUUCAUAUUGUGGAUUUUAAAAAGAAAAAAAAAUGACAACAGAUCAACAAGAGCAGUUAUUGUCCUAUAAUGGGGAUGUCCUUAUUUUUCAGCUGAUAAAAGAAAAAUCUUCACAGGCCAGCAGUAGCAAAAUAAACAAAUUGCAUGUCAGACAAAUGACUUUUGACACUGGUACAAAACUAUUUGUUGAAACAUCCACUGGGUCUUUCAGCAUGAGUGGGGAAGGCGUUGAAAUUAUUAAAUCUUGCUGUGCAUCUUGCUUCAGGACAGGAAUUCUUCGUCCCUAUAUUCUACUGAAAAAGAGAAAGAAAGGGGGCAUUAAAUAUAUUUUACUCUUCCUUUAUAACUUUAACAAAUUUGAGGUGGCCUUACAUUUUAAAUUGGACUAUGAACUCAAAGAAUCUGUAAAAGUACUUGAUGGUCCAACAGUUCUAUGGAGCUAUUCAAAACAACUGUUUUAUAUUUCUCCACAAACUGGCACUGUUUUAUGUGCCCCUGUUCAGUUUUCUUCCAUCAAAUGGGUGGGGAAUAUUAAGGGUGAGGGUACCGUUGUUCUAGGAACCAGAUCUUCCUCUUUGCCAGGAGGACGUCAUAGUAUUGCCAAAUCAGAUGCACUCAUCUGGGGAACUGAAUGUUUUGCCUAUGCAUUAGAAAAACAGCAAGUGCUGACAGGAGCUGCUUUUCUACCUCAUGCAUAUGGUAGCAUCGUAUCCUGCCUGCACAUUUGGAAAGCUGAGACAUUAAAGAACAAGUUUAGGACACUGAUUGUUGCAGUCACAUGCAAAAACCAGUUGAUCUUCUUCCAAGAUGGUCUGCCAAAGGAUGUUCAGCAACUUCCGUUUGAGAAGCCUUGUUCCAUACAAAUGGCUGUGGUGGAAGGAGACAGCCAGUUGGUUGUUGUGACAUUUGCUUCAGGAGACAUAUGUGCUGUAUGGAAACAUAAUUUUCAGGUUGCUUCCUGCUGGAAAGAUGUGGCAUCAGUACUGGUAGAUGAUUUUGCUGGCACUGGAACAGAACAAAUCCUUGUUCUUCUAAAGAGUGGUUCCAUUUCAGAAUGUCUGAAAACAUUCCAAAUAACAGAUUUUGGAAAGGUUAAUUACAUGAGUAAUAUAAAUGCUAAAGAAGACUCAUCUUCUGUAAAAGACCUUCAACAGAAUUGCUUUCUUACUAUCAAAGCACUUGAAACAAGAUUACAGGCUGGCUUUGCUUCAGUUCAAGAGUUACAGAGGCAUUUGCAUCUCAAACGAAAGGUUCUGAUAGAGAGUUGUAAUGCAUUAAUAAACAUAGUUGAAGAUCAAAAACAUAUUCUUCCAAGUACAGCCAAGGAAGGUCUUGUAUCUCUUUGGGAUGAAACAGAGAAAACGCUUGAAAAUGACACAUCAACUCCAUCUGUGCCCCAAGAAGAAUUUGUGGAGAAGGUUUGGUUCCGUGUAGCAGAAGACAAUCUAGUAGUUGCAGUAAAACUAAUGGAGGCUUUUAACUUGCAGCUUGGUGAUGUCAGCUUAUCUUUGAUAAUGCAUCAGAAAUGUCCUUCAGUUUCUCCAAUGAGGUGCCAGUCUAAUGUUGUUACACUGAAGAAAGCUAUCCUGGCAGAACAUGCAUCAUGUUGGCAGCUAGAGCCGUCUCCUAAAAGGGUCAAGUUAGAUUGCCGUAAUGGAAAUGAAUACAAUGGAAGACCUUUUCAAAUGAAGGCAGAUAGGACAAAAGUCUUUACUGCAGUCACCCAACUCUCUCCUUUCUUGGCAUGGCAUCAAGUACAUUGUAAGGUGCUGCUGCAUGCAAAAAAGAAAAAUUACAAAGAUGGAAAUCCGCAGGAAAACCAAAGACUGAGUUUAAUAUGUGGUAAUAUCCUAUUAAAUCUGGUCGAAAUUUCUUCUGGAAAAUAUUCGAUAAAUCUGAAAGAGACAGGCUCCAUGCAAGAUCUUGUUGCACUUUGUGCAGUAUCGCACAAACAGUCAUUUCAAAUAACUUCUACAGACUGUACACUGAAUCCCAUAAAUACGUGGCUACAGGAACAAAUGGAGUGUAUAACAAUCAAGAAGUUUCCUGAAUAUGUGACCUGUGGUAAAUUCGGAAAUCUGAAUGGCACGCUCUUCAGAUGGAAUGAAAGAACGCCAUUGGAUGGGAUUUUAACAGUAUUUUGCAGGCAUCCAGCUGUCCUGUUCUAUUGUCUUCAUAAUUUUAUUGAAUUGUUGCCACCAACUUGCAAGAUAAAGCACCUAAGGCCAGGCAGCAAGAAGGGACUUGCUAAACAGCUUGCCUUAACUUUAGUAAAGGAAGUAGCCACUCUCCAACAUCCUUUCCCUUCAACUCUGGACUUCACUGAAAACCACAUGUCUCCAAAUUACGAGGAAAACAAAGGAGCGAACAGUAUCAUGACACUACAGCACUUCAAAGAUGCAUUCAGAAAGGAGCAAGAGCAAAGUAUGCUGUACAUAAACCAAAGAGUGAGUGGAGCCACGUAUAGAGGAUUUAUCUUGAAAGUAUUUGAAUCACAGCUAAAAUCUGACAUGAUUUCAUGUCAAUGUUCUUUGCUCAUCUAACUUUAUUUUGAAUUUUCCUUGAGUUGAAAUUACAACGUGAUACACUCUGUAUGCAUUUUUGUUUUCAUUCAAAUAAAACUUCUGUCAAUGCUGUAAUUUUAUUUUUGAGUUAUCAGUAGCAAGGAAAUUAUUUUGCACAUGUACAAAUGGCUAUAAGGAACAUGUGUCUGAAUGAAAGUAGUUCCUCAGUAUAUGUACCUUCUCUAGAUGUCAUAUUCAUUUCACUAUCCUGUUGGCAUAUAUUUGCAACUACAGUAGAGUCUCACUUAUCCAACACUCGCUUAUCCAACAUUCUGGAUUAUCCAACGCAUUUUUGUAAUCAAUGUUUUCAAUAUAUCAUGAUAUUUUGGUGCUAAAUUCAUAAAUACAGUAAUUACAACAUAACAUUACUGCGUAUUGAACUACUUAUUCUGUCAAAUUUGUUGUAUAACAUAAUGUUUUGGUGCUUAAUUUGUAAAAUCAUAACCUAAUUUGAUGUUUAAUAGGCUUUUCCUUAAUGCCUCCUUAUUAUCCAACAUAUUUGCUUAUCCAACAUUCUGCCGGCCCGUUUAUGUUGGAUAAGUGAGACUCUACUGUAGUUAGCUAUCUUUAAUAGAGGGAGACAUGGGGCCAGAAUAUUUAUGGCAACUUGAAUGGCAUCAUUAAAUUGGUGGCUCUGCCAUUUCCAAGUCUAGGGUAGCCACCUAGUUGCAGUGGCAUACAAUGUUGUUUGCUCUACUUAAAAAAGGCAUUUUUGAGGUUUUGUUACACAUUGAAAAAUUCAGAUGGCAGAUAUUUAUUCUUCAGUGUGGUCUGUGUAUACUGAUACAGUAUAAUAAUGGUUAAACUGCAGAAUACAUUGAAUGCAUAUUGGCUGGCAUUGUAGAUAUACUUGUUUAGUUGUUGAAUGAUGAGUCAAUAUGUAGGUAAACACUCUCUGGACUUGAUGUGUGUUGAUAGCUAAUACAUAUAUGCAGUCACAGAUCUGGUUCAAAAUCCUUCCAUUUUGAGUUACUCUUCUGUUCUUCUACUGCAAGGAUACUAUGCUAUACCUUCAUUUCCUAUCAAGUUUUCUCUCCAUCAACUAGGAAGUAAGUUAAUUUGUAGAUGAUGUCAAGAAAUGUCAGAGUUCUCAUCUUUUUUUAAAGUUGCACUCUAUUUGAGAAAGGAUCCUUUCCUUUAGAUGUUUUAUGAAGCAUAUGAGCAUCAUAAAAUGCCCUCUCUCUUAGGUUCAAUUUAAAAUAGGCAGAGAUUAUGUGCAUCAGCAUCUUUCAAGGAUGUUAAGGAUCCAUCAAAUCUAAAUACCUUACCCAUAUAGGCAAACAUUGUCUAAUGCUCGGUACAGCUGUUUGGAAUGAGUUGUCAAAUUAAAAAUUUCCCAACUACUGUAUGUAAAACUGAUUAAUUCCCUUUGAUCAUCAAUAUCAGGGCUUGUGAUCAUUCUUGGCAUGAAAGCAGUCAUUCCUUGUACUCAUAAGUUCAUAAUGGAAGGUAAAGGUUAGGCUUAAGAGUGUUAGCUUCUCAUUAUCACAGUGACAGCUUGACCAAGAGGAAUGAUAUUUUGGUGUAAGUAAAUGUUCAAGUCUCAGUAUGACAUCGAGGAGCAAUCCACCUAAUAAUGGGUUAAUCCCUAUGUGCCAACUGACAAAGCAGGAGCCCACAAAUUAUUUUUCAAUAGAUCUAUUGAGGCUCUUUUUCCUGCCAGCCAACAUAUAGAAAUGAUCCAGGGAGUUCGGUAUCCAUUUUCACAAGAAUUCCAUCACAAGUGUAAAAAGAUAUGUCAAACAGGAAAUUGUUCUGGUUGAAGAUACAACACCUUAUAGUACUAUAGCACUAAAGAAGGUGACUUUAGAAAAGAAAUGCUUUGGAGUAUAUGCUAUCUUUUAAACUUCCAAAUAGCAAUGGAGCUUACAGUCUGGUCUGGGACCUCAGGUACCUAAAUGGGUUUGUGAGGUACCAGAUAUUCAACACGGAGACUCUGCAAACCAUAAAGGAGAAUUUGAACCUAGACAAUCUCAAAGAGGCAUAUUUCCAUAUUCCAUUGGCAUCAAAGGACAGGUGGUAUUUUAAGUUUCAGUACCAGGAAAAACAUUUUCAAUUAAAGGCACUUACCUUUGGACUGACAUCUGCUCAUAUUCUGCUGGCACAUAGGCUAAAAGGGAGGCAGUGAAAUACUUUAUUGAAUACAAGUCUGUGGGGAAAGUUACAGAACAUUUGACUAACAAUUCAAACUUUAGAUAAAUCUCGUUUCCUGGUGAACUAUGAGAAGAGCAUUUAAUGCUAGCUAGUGUAUUAAGUCGCUUGGGGGCUGAAAUCAAAGCUUCAGUGAGUGCUUGACUCUGUCUCAGGAGAAAACAAGGCAAGAGAUAAUGCAUAUACUACAAGGGUGACAUAUGUAAUCCUAUUAGCUUAUAUUGUGGGUAUCUGAGUUCAGCAAAUCAGCUAGUGCCAUGGGGGCAGAAGCGGUUUUGAAAAUAUCAAUUAUUAAUAGAAACCAGGCCUCAUUAUCAGGUCAUCCUACCAUACCAGUUGAAAGUGAAGCUAAAAUGGUGGUUGAAAAGCAGCCAUAUUAACAAAGAUGCCCACUUAAAGGUUCAGAACAAAGUACAAAUGACAACCAAUAGAAGUUUUUCUGGAUGGGAGGGGUGAACUCUGUUAUGGUUCGACAUUUUAGGAGCUGGGUCUCUGUUAGAUAAGAACACAAUAUAAACUAUAUAUGGAGGAAAAAGCAGUGCAGUUGGCCUCACUCAGAUUUGCACCAGUUGUCAAAAGUAUAAUGUGUUCAUUUGCGUAGACAACAUGACUGAGAGCUUACAUUUGCAAUCAGGGAGGAAUGGAUUUGCUGCCUAUUGUCGCAAAAUCAAACUGCUUACUUGGGCCAAAAAGGAAAUGGGAGUCAAUAACAGCAGUCUGUCUGAAGGGAAUUCUGAAUAUUCAAUCAGGUCAUUUCAGCAGAUACAGGUUGCAUCUGAGGUCAUGAUAACUGCAUCUGAACAUGUUGGCUUAGUUGAAUGGUUAUUCAGUCCAUUUAUUCCUAACAUGAGCUGUAAACUUAGUUAAGGAAAAGAUUGCAGUUCGAAUAUACUGAGGUACUGUUGGUCUCUUUCCACCUGAGAACUUAUAAAAGGCACCCAAAACAAUGAUAAUGAGAUGGAUAAAAGAUUACAUUUAUUUUAUGUUAUGAUUAUACUUGUAAGCCAAGAAAGCAGAAUGUUUGGCCUCAUUCAACUAGGUCAAUAGCAACCAGCUCUGUAUAUGCAAUCUUUACCUGAUUGGAGGAUAUGGGUAAAGUAGGGAUCAACCACAUUAAUUAGGCAUUACAAGUUAGCUUUAAGUUGAUGUAGGUGCCAUUUGUUCAAACUGUGAUGCCAGUAGUGUAAUAAAUUCUAGUAGUACCCACCUGGACGUUGGGCUGGGUAAAUGCUGUUAGUUCAAUGGAUUGCUCCUCUGAGCAAUCCAUUGAAUGAGAGGAAAAUGAGAGGUUAGGAUUACUGCAAAUUCAGCUGUGUCUGGAUUAGCAUCUUGCUACAUUUGUACUCAGCUUUCUCUUCUGUUUGAUUUAGCACACAGUGCUUUCCAGAAUAUUCUCCCUGCCUUUUGACUUCCAUAUUUUGUUACAUUAUAGCAAUGACAUUGCAUUUCAUUGGCAUUUGCAAGGGUCCACUUCAUAAACAGGCAGGGGGCAAUCCUUCUUUCAGGAUCCCAGCCACUGCCAGUUAUAAACCCUUAAGUCUGUCCGUGUGCAUGUACAAUAUGAUGUGUCACUCAGGGGCAAUAUUUGAGAUAAAUCAUAGAAUCAUAGAAUCAUAGAAUCAUAGAAUAGUAGAGUUGGAAGAGACCUCAAGGGCCAUCUAGUCCAACCCCCCGCUAAGAAGCAGGAAAUCGCAUUCAAAGCACCCCCGACAGAUGGCCAUCCAGCCUCUGCUUAAAAGCCUCCAAAGAAGGAGCCUCCACCACGGCCCGGGGGAGAGAGUUCCACUGCCGAACAGCCCUCACAGUGAGGAAGUUCUUCCUGAUGUUCAGGUGGAAUCUCCUUUCCUGUAGUUUGAAGCCAUUGUUCCGUGUCCUAGUCUGCAGGGCAGCAGAAAAUAAGCUUGCUCCCUCCUCCCUAUGACUUCCCCUCACAUAUUUGUACAUGGCUAUCAUGUCUCCUCUCAGCCUUCUCUUCUGCAGGCUAAACAUGCCCAGCUCUUUAAGCCUCUCCUCAUAGGGCUUGUUCUCCAGACCCUUAAUCAUUUUAGUUGCCCUCCUCUGGACGCUUUCCAGCUUGUCAGCAUCUCCCUUCAUCUGCGGUGCCCAAAACUGGACACAGUAUUCCAGGUGUGGUCUGACCAAGGCAGAAUAGAGAGGGAGCAUGACUUCCCUGGAUCUAGACGUUAUUCCCCUAUUGAUGCAGGCCAAAAUCCCAUUGGCUUUUUUAGCUGCCGCAUCACAUUGUAGGCUCAUGUUUAACUUGUUGUCCACGAGGACUCCAAGAUCUUUUUCGCACACACUGCUGUCAAGCCAGGCGUCCCCCAUUCUGUAUCUUUGAUUUCCAUUUUUUCUGCCGAAGUGAAGUAUCUUGCAUUUGUCCCUGUUGAACUUCAUUUUGUUAGUUUCGGCCCAUCUCUCUAGUCUGUCAAGAUCGUUUUGAAUUCUGCUCCUGUCUUCUGGAGUGUUAGCUAUCCCUCCGAGUUUGGUGUCAUCUGCAAACUUGAUGAUCGUGCCUUCUAACCCUUCGUCUAAGUCGUUAAUAAAGAUGUUGAACAGAACCGGGCCCAGGACGGAGCCCUGCGGCACUCCACUUGUCACUUCUUUCCAUGAUGAAGACGACGCAUUGGUGAGCACCCUUUGGGUUCGUUCGCUUAGCCAAUUACAGAUCCACCUAACCGUAGUUUUGUCUAGCCCACAUUUUACUAGUUUGUUUGCCAGAAGGUCGUGGGGGACUUUGUCGAAGGCCUUACUGAAAUCUAGAUAUGCUACAUCCACGGCAUUCCCUGUAUCGACCCAACUCGUAACUCUAUCGAAAAAAGAGAUCAGAUUAGUCUGGCAUGACUUGUUUUUGGUAAAUCCGUGUUGACUAUUAGCAAUGACCGCAUUUGUUUCUAAGUGUUUGCAGACCACUUCCUUAAUGAUCUUUUCCAGAAUCUUGCCUGGUAUUGAUGUGAGGCUGACCGGACGGUAAUUGUUUGGGUCGUUCUUUUUUCCCUUCUUGAAGAUAGGGACCACAUUCGCCCUCCUCCAAUCUGCUGGGACUUCUCCUGUUCUCCAAGAACUCUCGAAGAUGAUUGCCAGUGGUUCUGAAAUAACUUCCGCUAGUUCCUUCAAUACUCUUGGAUGUAGCUGAUCUGGCCCUGGGGACUUGAAUUCGUUUAGAGUGGCCAGGUGUUCCUGGACAACUUGUUUCCCUAUUUGGGGUUGGAUUUCCCCCAAUCCUUCGUCCAUUCCAUGUUGCUGAGGUUGAAGAUGGCUUUCUUUUUGUGAGAAGACCGAGGCAAAGAAGGCAUUAAGCAGUUCUGCCUUUUCCCUAUCCCCUGUCACCAUCACCCCAUCUACUCCUUGCAGUGGCCCUAUCGCCUCCUUUUUCUUCCUUUUUCUACCAACAUAAGCAAAAAAACCUUUUUUGUUGUUUUUUAUGUCCCUGGCAAGCCUGAGCUCAUUUUGCGCUUUAGCCUUGCGAACCUUUUCCCUACAGGAGUUGGCUAUACGUUUGAAUUCUUCUUUGGUGAUUUCUCCCCUUUUCCACUUCUUGUGCAUGUCACUUUUGAGCUUUAGCUCAGUUAGAAGUUCUUUGGACAUCCAUUCUGGCUUCUUUGCACUUGUCUUAUUUUUCUUCUUUGUUGGCACUGUUUGCAUUUGCGCCUUGAGUAUUUCACUUUUGAAAAACUCCCAUCCAUCCUUAACUCCCUUGUUUUUUAAUAUCGGCGUCCAUGGAAUGCCGCUCAGUAAUUCCUUCAUUUUUUGGAAGUCAGCUCUCUUAAAGUCCAGAAUGCGUGUUUGACUUGUCUUAGUUUCAGCAUUCCUUUGUAUUGCAAACUGCAGGAGCACAUGGUCACUUGCCCCUAAGGAUCCAACCACUUCAACUGUAUUGAUCAGGUCUUCCACAUUUGUUAAGAUUAGAUCAAGAGUUGCUGAUCCCCUUGUUGCCUCUUCUACCUUCUGGACCAUAAAAUUAUCUGCAAGGCAAGUGAGGAAUUUGUUGGACUUUGUAUUCUUGGCUGAGUUUGUUUUCCAGCAGAUAUCGGGAUAAUUGAAAUCGCCCAUGACUACUAUAUCUCUUCUUUGUGCCUGUUUGGUCAGCUGUUGACAGAAGGCUUCAUCAAGUCCUUCAUCCUGACUCGGAGGUCUGUAGUAGACACCCACGACAAGAUCUUUUUGAGUCCCGGUUCCCUUGAUUCUUAUCCAGAUGCUUUCAAGCUGGUUUCCCGGAUUACAGUCUUGCAUUUCUUCUGCAACGUAACUGUUUUUGACAUAUAAAGCUACUCCCCCUCCUCUCCCCUUUGUUCUAUUUAUGUGAAAGAGGUUAUAGCCCUCAAUGGUUAAAUUCCAGUGAUGGGAGUCAUCCCACCAGGUUUCAGUGAUGCCUAUGACAUCGUAUGUGUGGUGCUGUGCUAGGAGUUGGAGUUCGUCUUGCUUAUUUCCCAUGCUCUGAGCAUUAGUGUAAAGACAUGUAAGCCCCUGUGACCUCCCCUCGAACUGUUUAUUUGGGAUUAUUGUGCUCUCUGUACUUGGUCCUUGCUGUGUUUGUGCAGCCCUCCGUUUAGCCUUACGGCGGUUCCCUGUGGUCGUGGGUAAUAUAGUGUUCGCCAGGCUGUUGUUCCCCUCCCCCAGUGGAUUUAGUUUAAAGUGUGCCUGAUGAGGUUUGUGAGUCUGUGUGCAAAAAGAUGUUUUCCUACUUGUGUGAGAUGCACCCCAUCGCUUGCCAGUAGUCCAUCCUCUUGGAAGAGUAGACCAUGGUCAAGGAAGCCAAAAUGCUCCUCUUGACACCAUUUUCUGAGCCAGUUAUUGACCUGUACUAUUUUUCCGGCCCUUGUAGAGCCAUGUCCUACAACGGGGAGGAGGGAUGAAAAGAUCACAUGUACAUUAUACAGUUUUAGCUUUGUUCCCAGAGCUCGAAAAUCAUUUGUGAUCUUUUGAAAAGUAUGCCUAGCGGUGUCAUUGGUACCUACAUGAAUCAACAUAAGGUGGGGAGGGUGAUGGGGCUUUAGGAGCCUGCUGAGCCUCUGAGUGAUAUGGUGUAUUUUUGCCCCCGGGAGGCAGCAUGUUUCUCGAGCCAUCCCAUCCGGUCUGGAAAUGAUGGCUUCCGUUCCUCUAAGGAGGGAGUCACCUACUACCAAGACCUGUUUCCUUUGAGGAUUGACAGGGUCCCUUUUGUGCAAGACAGUGUGUAUGUCCCCUGAAGAGUGUUCCUGUUGAAGUGAAUCAUGUAGGUGUAAAGUGUUGUCCUCCUCCUCAACAUCCCCAGUGCAUUCAUCAAUGACAAUCCAUUGAGAUACAUCCGAGAGCCCAUUACUCUCCCAAGGAUGUUCCUGUUGCUCCUGGUCUAUGAUUGGGGAUGGAGCAUUUGCAUGAUUACAUAAGUGUGACUGUGGUGAUGCACUGUCCCUGUCAGGGCUAUCCCCUGCGCAUUGAUCCAGGAUGGUCCACUGAGUGGUAUCUAAGAAACUGUGGUCCUCCACAAGAUGUGUUUCCUGAUUGUAUGUUAAUGAUGUAAGAAUUUCAAAUCUGUUGUGUAAAUGCAGCUGAGCAGAGGAGUUCUGUGGAGGCUGCCUGGUCCUGCGUCUCCUUCUAUGGGUGACCUCCUUCCAAGCCUGAGGGUUGUCUACCUUUGAGUUGAUCUCCCCAUAAGGUUCCUGAUCAUGGUCUUGGUGGUGUUGGUGUGAUGCAGGCUGCUGAUCUACAGCAGCGUGUUGUGCAGUGUCCAAGAAGAGCUCGAGUGCCUGAAUGUCCUUAAGGGUCUUAAUACGGUGCUCGAGCUGUUGGAUCCUCUGCUCCAUCAGAGUCAUCUGUUUGCAUUUGGAGCAGAUGUAGUUGUCUAGUUUUUGUGUGAAAAAGCGGAACAUGCCACAGCUGGUGCAUGUGAUGGGAAUGUUUUGCUUUUGUUGCAUCUCUUGGUGAGCGUGGUGGCCAAGUGGGAUCUUUGUACAGUUAAGUAAUAUGCACGCACUUUAUGUGCAGACUGCAACAAACCACGUCUUUGUGUAUUUGUUUAUGUUGCUUUGUUUCCUGUAUGUACUGCAAAGGAUAGUUAGUAUCCUUUGCAGGCGCGCGCGACACUGACGGCGCGCGCGACACUGGCAAAUAAAGCUUUCCCAGAAACUCAAUUAACAGGGGACAAUGCCUGCUGUCAAUCAACUUAAGUACCUGGCUCUCUUUCAACACAACAGUCACACAACAGUUAGACUUUGACCACAGGAGCCAAGCCCAAACUCAGUUUAAAAUCUUAGCCAAAUCUUAGCCAAAUCCUACCUGAAGCCAGGGAGCAAAAAUGUCCUCCUGCUUCCUCUGCUUCUGCGAGAACCAAAUCUUCUACUGAUACUAAGUCGAGCAAUUUACCACUCAGAAGCACUUUCUUUAUUUGAAACAGAGAACUAUUUAUUUAUGGUUACUUUAGUCCAACAAUCAUAACUUGUGUCAAUAGUUUACUUCUUCAGUUUCACAUAUAUACAGUAUCAAACAUAUCUUUCAUUCUUCAACAUUAACCACUUGACUGAAACUUUGUCUCUCCCCUAUUCCUUUUUUUUGUUCUUCCUCACUAGAAACCCCAGAUCUGACUGACUUUUCUUUUUAACAUUUUAUCCUUUUCUCCUCCAGCUAGCUCCGCCCCUUUCACUAGCUUAGAAAUUGUUACAUUUCUACCGAAGCAGCUACGUUACCAUGGUGACACAUGGCCCAUCAUCAGUAGCUAACUUCUGCCCAUUUUUAUCUCUAAAUCAACAUUAAAUAACAUAGGCAAAAUUUAUCAAUAAAAUAAGGAUUUCCGUUACAGCAUUGCUGCCACUUAAUGAAUACAAGAUAUUCUUCCCUGUGAAGGUGCAAAAUAUCACAAUUCUUACCUUUUUUAUAUGCAUAUUUCUAAAGGCAGAAAUAUGUUUUGAAAACCCUAACCCUUAAUGUGCUUUGCCUAGCUUUAUUCAGGGCUUAGUUAUACAGCUAAAUUAUCAUUUAUCCAAAAUGCUAGGGACUAGAAGUACUUGAAGAUUUUUUUAAUUUUUGCAUUUGCAUAGUGCUAUAAUCUUAAAGAUAGCACCCAAGUCUAAACACAAAAUUCAUUUAUGUUUUAUGUUAUCCUUAUACGUAUAGCCUGAAUAUAAUGUAUACACUAUUUUAAAUAAUUUUGGGCAUGAAAUAAAAUUUGUGUACACUGAGUGAAGAAGUCACUAUCUCAGCUACCCAUCUCGACAAUUUUCUAUCUUGGAGCACUUAAGAUUUCCAGAUAGGGAUGCUUAACCUGUAUAACUUAUUUUAGGCGAGGAAGCCAAUCUAAAAUAAUUAUAGAAAUUGUCUGAAAUCAGGAAAUGAUUUAUUUGGGAUAUGUUCUAUAUCUACCUGAAUGAGUAAGUUGUAGCUUUCAGGCUAACCCACCUCUAGGCAUCUUAGAAUCAUAGAGUUGGAAGAGACCUUGUGGGCCAUUCAGUCCAGCCCCUUGCCAAGAAGCAGGAAAAUUGCAUUCAAAGCACCCCUGACAGAUGGCCCCUAUUUAAAAGCCUCCAAAGAAGGAGCCUCCACCACACUUGGGGACAGAAUUCCACUGCUUAACAGCUCUCACAGUGAGGAAGUUCUUCCUAAUGUUCAAGUGGAAUCUCCUUUCCUGAAGUUUGAAGCCAUUGUUUCACGUCCUAGUCUCCAGAGCAGCAAAAAAACAAGCUUGCUCCCUCCUCCAUAUGACUUCCCCUCACAUAUUUAUACAUGGCCAUCAUGAUGUCCCUCUCUUUGGCACGCUAAACAUGCCCAGCUAUUUAAGCCGCUCCUCGUAGGGCUUGUUCUUCAGACCCUUGAUCAUUUUAGUCACCCUUCUCUGGACACAUUCCAGCUUGUCAACAUGCCCAGAAUUGGACGCAAUAUUCUAGGUUUCAUCUGACCAAGGCAGAAUAGAGGGGUAGCAUGACCUCCCUGGAUCUAGACACUAUACUCCUAUUUAUACAGGCUUUUUUUAGCUGCCACAUCAUAUUGUUUAACUUGUUAUCCAUGAGGACUCCAAGAUCUUUUUCACAUGUACUGCUGUCAAGCCAGGUGUCCCCCCUUCUGUCUCUUUGCAUUUCAUUUUUUCUGCCUAAGUGGAGUAUCUUGCAUUUAUCCCUGUUGAACUUUAUUAGCUUCGGCCGAUCUCUCUAAUCUGUUAAGAUCAUCUUGUACAAGUAAAGCUCUAAAAGAGUUGAUACUCUUUUCUAUCCCUUUACUCUGUCUUUCUUAUUUGUCCCCUACAAUUUCUAUUAAAAAGCCCUGGAAGGGUCGCCCACUAAAAUUAAAUCACCUACUGUGAAUUGUUUCAGAGCUGAUAGCGUUGGAGUCAUGAAACUAUCAUCUGCCCACAUUCUCUCUUCCAUUGAAGAGGCUUCUUAGGGUCCUGUACAUUGGAAUUGUCUUGAAGGCACAUAACAACAACAAUAAAGCUGCAUUAGGUUAAUUUGUCAUUCUUCUGUUCGUAUCCAUUGUUCUGUAGCCAUGGGUGCCCAGAAUACAUUUCAGUUGGUUAUUUCUAUUAAGCUUAAAACCUUUAUUUGUGUAAACUUUUGUUUAGCUGACGAAACCCACUGGGUGACCUUGGGCAAGCCAAGGCAAAAGCAAACUCGCUGAGUAAAUCAUGAUGGGUUUGCCUUAAGGUUGCCAUAAACCGAAAACGAUUUCAAGGCAUGUGACAACAACAAAAGAAAUCAAUUUUAAAAUAUUCUAGUUUUCAGUCUUUUGGCACAUAGCAUACAUAACCUUGUACUUUCAACUCAUAAACCCUGUAUUUCCCCAUUCCUUUUACCUUUGUUGAUCCACUUUUGCAACGUCUCUAUUGAGUAUUUCUUCCUUAGGCAAAUUUUGUGUAGUGAGGUGGUCUGCAAACAAUACUUGCUAAUUUCAUUCUUCUUGCUGUAUUUGGAAAACAGUGCAUAGCAUAGUCCAUUGCCUGCACUUAUGCAGCUGACAACUACCAAUAUAAUGAAAACUGAUACUUGAUUCUAUGAGAAAUGUAUGAAGUGAUGGCAUUUACAUAAAUAGAGUUCUUAAUAUUUGUCUGCAUUUAUAAUGCAUUCACAUUUGUCUGUGAAUGCAUUAUAAAUGGAAUCAUUUCUUUAAAACUGCAAUAACAGAAAAUUCUUGAAUAUAUCACCAUUAUACAUUCUCACGUCACUCCAUAAAUAUUGUUUAUUUGGUAGGCUGUGGAAUUCGUCCUUACAUGAAUCUGUGCAUGAUUUUAAAAAUGAAUUCACACAAACUGUUGAGACUGCUGUUCACUCCAUCAAUAAUAUUAAGGGUUGGAUGUUUAAAACGUUUCUAAAUUUUAACUGGAAGAAACAUAUUCACAAUUGUUAUUUUGUUUUAUUGUUAAUAUAUCUGCUACAAGUUAGGAUGUGCAAUAAAGCAUUUUGGUGUAUAUAUUUUUGUUCUCUUUUUGUACCACAUACUGCCUAGUUAUUGAAUGAGUUAACUGUUAGUUUCUAAGUUACAAUUUGGCACUAAUAUGUCCUACAAUAAAUGUAUUACUUCUUACCUGCA